UCAUCAUUUCCGUGUCUCUGUUUAGUGGUUACUCUGGCUUUCCUGCCUAUCUCCCGGGCUCGUAAGCUCUACAGAAUCAGUUUCGUUCAGGAUGCGGGAAGAAAAGAAGCCAGUAAUUGUGUGGCGGAAUAUUGGACACCUUGAAGCUUCUGAUCGUCCAAGCUUCAGCACUACCGACUGUCAGCCACUGUGGAAUAGCAACAAGCGAUUUGGCGCCAGUGGUGGUAGUGAUAGUGAUGGCAAUGGUAGUAGCUUUACAUUUGCCUGCAUUACUGUUGUGGAAAAGAGAAACCGGAAGAGGUUCGCGCCGACGCCGGCUCAGCUGCUCAAGCAUCCAUUGUCAGUUCUAGCCUUGGUGCACAGAGAAGCAACGCUCUUCGUCGCUGCCGCCGUAUCGGGGGCGGUCGCUAAGACUGCGACAGCUCCUCUAGAGAGAAUCAAGCUUCUUAUGCAGACUCAUGGAGCAAGAAUUGCGCAAGAAGGAGCUAAGAAGUCGAUUGGUUUUAUCGAGGCAGUGGCAACCAUAAUAAAGGUGGAAGGAGUUAGAGGGCUUUGGAAAGGCAACUUUCCUCAGGUUAUACGCAUCAUACCAUAUAGUGCUAUCCAACUCUUUGCGUAUGAAAACUUUAAGAACUUUUUCAGGGGAGAAGAUGACAAACUUUCUGUGAUUGGAAGACUUGCUGCUGGUGCUUGUGCUGGCAUGACAUCCACCUUCCUGACAUAUCCAUUAGAUGUUUUGAGGUUACGCAUGGCAGUUGACCCUGGGUUUCAAACGGCAUCUGAGAUAGCCUUGAGUAUGCUACGAGAGGAAGGCAUUACAUCCUACUACAGUGGUCUUGGACCAUCCCUUUUUGGCAUAGCUCCUUACAUUGCCGUGAACUUUUGCAUUUUUGACUUGGUAAAAAAAUCUUUUCCAGAAGAAGCUCAAAGGAGAACUCAAACAUCUUUAUUCACAGCCUUGCUUUCAGCAUCCCUAGCCACACUCAUGUGCUAUCCUUUGGAUACUGUGAGAAGACAGAUGCAAAUGAAGGGUACACCUUACAACACAGUUUUUGAUGCUUUUGCAGGUAUAUGGGCUAGUGAUGGAUUUAUUGGAUUUUACAGGGGUUUACUGCCCAACUUCCUGAAGAAUUUACCUAGCAGCAGCAUCAAGCUUACCACAUAUGACUUUGUCAAGCGUCUUGUUGAGACCAGUGAAAAUGAGUACCAGAGAAUCAUCGAGGAAAAUCGUGAAAAGCAUAAUCAGAAGUUCAGUGAUUAAAUUUUCCGGAAUAGCUGUUCUUAGCGUAUGGUUCUUCGCCAUCCUUACCCAUCAAGUUUUUGUUGCGGUUCAAUGGAAAGCCAGAGCUAGGUAUGGUUUUUGGGUUUUGUAAUUGCUAAAAUAGAGAUGUUGUAUCAUAGUUCAACCAUUGCAGAGUGGGACCUUUGGAAUGACAACCCUUUGGAUACCAAACAAAAGCAUGCACCUGCUAGAAAAGAAUUCAGGUUUUUGUUA